UAACCUCGCUUUAUUGUUUACCAACACCAACAACCCCCAACUAUGGAAAUCCCGCUUAAAUACGAAGACCUGCAACCAGACAAAGUGUGCCGAAUUUGUUUACUCGAGCAAGAACCCCUGCAACCCAUCACCGACUCCACAUCGGAAAAAUUAACCCAAUGCGCUUCAAUCCAGCUCCCCCCUGAAGACAUCUUCAUCUGCCAACCCUGCGAAAGCGAAAUCGACAAAUGGUACACAUUCAAACAACAAGUAGUACAAGCUUUUGAAAUUACUAAGGCUAUUUUAGAAAGAAUUCGGAUGAAAGAAGAAGAGUACACGCCAAUUGAAAACGAAGAACAAACCAUCUCCUACAAACAUAAAUGUACAAAGUGCUCGAAAACCUUCCCAACUUAUGGAAAAUUGCGCUCUCACGUGAAAGUGCAUAAGAUGGAGGAGGGGUAUCGGUGCGACUUGUGCGAUAAGCGUUACCACACGGCUCAGAAUUUGUGGCGACAUAAGAGGCGUCAUAGCGAAAAUAAGCCUUAUCCGUGCCCGGAGUGUAAAAUGGCGUUUCCGUUCAAGCACGCUCUUGAUCGACACUUCCAAGCCAAACACGAGCUAGACGCGAAUUUUCCGUGCACGUAUUGCCCUAAAAGGUACAAAGUUCGAGAGACACUGGUGGCUCAUGUUAAAAAGUGUCACUCUGGGGGGGCUUCCGGGGCUAUUUGCAACGUCUGUGGGAAGAUUUGCGUCUCAGUUGCCAAUUUAAACGUGCACUUGAGGAGCCAUACUGGAGAGAGACCUUUCUUGUGUGACGUUUGUAGUAAAGGCUUUAUGACUAAAGACCACAUGGUUUUGCACCGGAGGAUCCACACCGGGGAACGACCUUUCGUAUGCAAGAGCUGCGGCAAAGGAUUCAUUUCGUCGUCGGUUUUGAGAAAACAUAUGCGGUCUCAUACCGGAGAGCGGCCUUAUAAGUGCCACCUAUGUGAUAAGAAUUUUAGUCUGAGUAGUGCAUUUAAGUCACACUUAAAAUCUCAUUGA